GUUGAAGUUGUCACUAUUAGCCUUGUUUCCUUAACCAAUCAGCAAAGUGGAACUGUCACGCAUUGCGUGACUACGUCACACACACGUGUACGUAAGACCGGAAGUGUCAUGUGGCGUUGACUGACCAUCAAAAUGUCAGCCAUUUUCAACUUCCAGUCACUGCUUACAGUAAUUCUUCUCCUGAUAUGUACCUGUGCCUACAUCAGAGCGCUGGCCCCCAGUCUGCUGGACAAGAAUAAGACCGGGCUUCUUGGAAUUUUCUGGAAGUGUGCCAGAAUAGGUGAGCGGAAGAGUCCUUGGGUGGCCUGCUGCUGUAUCAUCAUGGCGUUCAGUAUCCUGUUCUUACAGUAGCCAUCCAAAGAGGUGCAGGAAGGAAACGGCGAUUACAAGAACAUGGACAAUGAGUGCUAUUGUCGAGGCACAGCAAGAACUCCAGUGUCUGUCGGAUCAUAUACAAACAGGGAAACGCCCUCACUCCCUAUAGACAUGGGCCACAGUACAUCCAUUCUUGUGUGGACAUCGAGGUCUGUCCUUGCUCAGUUCUUGCGGAUCCACCUGGGUAGGGCUCCAUCAGAGUGAAUUGAGUUUCUCAAAUCGACGUCUGGGAUCAAACGAUGCCUGUCUGAUACGUCUCAAACAAUUGCCCCUCAAAAAUUGUUUUUUUUUUUUUCACGAGAUUGCUUUUAUGUCGUUGUAGAUGGGUUGGGCGCGGAGGUGUGUUUUUUAUCAAUCUGAUCACUCCAUUGUUGAUCUGAAAAAAAAAAUAAUAAUAAUCGUAUUCUACAGUAGGCUCAAGUGGACUAAAGAGAAUGAUGUAAAUUCUAUCAGCCAUGCCAGUUUCAGCGAGGAAGGGCUUGUGAUAACCUCCAAUGUGACCUUCCUGUCAACACUCACCUGCCUGGGCGACUCUUAGUUGACAACACAUGGUGGUGACACCGGUUAUUUCGUUCCCGUUGUGUCCUACACUCACAAAACUGUCCAACAAAUGGCAUCUGACAUGACAGCUGUAAAAGAUCGGCACAGUCGCAUCAUCAGAUAAAAAGCCCGUGUUCAAUCUUGGGUUAUUUUGUCAUGACAAUGUACUGAACCAAACACAAUAAAGUCAAUGCCUCAACUUUAA